CGCAGUUGCCGCUCGUGCGCCGGGGACGGGUGGUGUGUGGUGGUCGCCUGCGGACCUGACCGAUUCCUUGGCAGUUGACGCACGAUGGUGCACCGGUCAGCAAUGUCGGCGUUCCGCCCUGGUGCCGUGUGGAGCGGUGUGUCCGAGUGCGCACGCGGCGAGAGCGGCCGUCGCGUGGGCAAGGUGUUGCUGGGCGCCGCCCUGCUCGGCAUCGGCCUCAAAGUGUACGGCCGCUACAGGCGCUACCAGCGCCGGCAGCGCUGGAACCAGGCCGGGAAGGACGUGGUGGUGCUGCACCAGUUUGAACGUGGCACCAACUGUCCCAACCUAUCGCCGUUCGCGCUCAAGCUGGAGACGUUCCUGCGCAUGGCGGGCAUCAAGUACGUGGUGGACACGGAAGAGCCACAGGGGUCACGUAAUAAGUGUCCUUGGAUCACCUUCAACGGACAGGAGCUGUCCGACUCGGAGCUAUCAUCGAUGUUUUGA